AUGAACGUCAAAAAGCUUUUUAUAUUGGUUGACCUGAUUCUGGGGACCCUAAUCUUGAGCAGUGUUCGUGCAGAGAAAGAAGUUUUUAUGACGAAAAUUGAGUGCCUCAAUUAUAUGCCAGAAUUGGUGAGAAACGUAAGCUGCUACUUAAAUGAAACUUCCCACCCCACUGGUUCAAUAUACGCAGAGUUCAUAUUAACCCAAGAUGUUGAGGACCUGAAGGGCAUUUACAUUUUGACAUUUAAGAGAGGUUCAUACGUGACGAAUUUUACCUCUUCACAUGUAGACUAUUGUCAGAUGCUAUCAAGUGUGGAAAAUCAUUUUUUAUUUAGAAUGGUUACUACGCAGCUUCGCGAAACCGCCAAUUUUCCUAUACAAUGUCCGUUGAAAAUGAAUAAACGGUAUUACGCAAAGGGAUUUACAGUUAACUCGAAAUUUAUACCCAGCUAUAUGCCAGAAACGAACUUCAUUUCGGACGCCCAUUUAAGCGUUAAGGAUCGCAAAGUAUUUCGGUUGCUUAUUAAAGGUCGCUUUUCUAGAAUACUUCGGCGAAAUUAUAUUAAAACCGAAUAG